AUGGUCGCGAUUGGUAUCGAUUUAGGUACAACGAGUUCGUGUGUGGCUGUGUGGAGAAAGGGUACUGUGAAAGUGAUAACAAAUGAACAAGGUAACAGAACAACGCCAUCGUACGUUGCUUUUACGAAUAAUGAACGUCUUAUUGGUGAACCGGCGAAGAAUCAAGCAAUGGCGAAUGCGGCUAAUACAAUUUUUGGCGCGAAACGCUUAAUCGGACGACGUUAUGACGACGUAACCGUGCAAAUGAAUUUACGCCAUUGGCCUUUUCAAGUUGCCAACGACAACGGUAAGCCAAAAGUUAAAGUCUGUUAUAAAAACCAAAGCAGAGCGUUCGCGCCUGAGGAAAUAAGUGCUAUGAUACUUUUCAGGAUGAAGGAGGCGGCCGAGGCGUAUUUAGGAGAAAAGGUGAACGAUGUUGUAAUUACGGUUCCCGCGUAUUUUAAUGAUGGUCAGAGGCAAGCAACUAAGGCAGCGGGGGCCAUUGCGGGUUUUAACGUUUUAAGGAUUGUUAACGAACCGACUGCGGCAGCGCUCGCUUACUGGUUAAACAGGAAUUUCAAAGGCAAGCGAAAUGUUGUAAUCUACGAUUUGGGUGGAGGCACUUUUGACGUUUCAGUUAUGACGAUCUCCGAAGGACCGGUGUACGAAGUGAAAUCGACGGCUGGAAACACGCGCUUGGGGGGCGAUGAUUUUGACAACCGCCUUGCGGCGUACUUCGCCGAGGACUUUCGCAAGCGCUACGGAAAGGAGAUAUUGGGGAACGCUAAGGCGUUUCGCAGACUCAAAACUGCCGCCGAGAGAGUGAAACGGUAUCUAUCUUCCGCUAUCGAAGCUACUGUGCAUAUAGAAUCGUUAAACGACGACAUUGAUUAUUACGGGAAAGUUACAAGGUCGUUAUUCGAAGAUCUCUGCUCCGAUUUAUUUACAGAUACUUUGAGACCGUUGGAACAAGCUUUGAGGGACGCCCGGAUGAAGAAAGAUAAUAUAAACGAUGUUAUCCUAAUUGGCGGUAGCACAAGAAUACCGAAAAUACGCAGCUUGGUUCAAGAAUUUUUCAAAGGACAUACCUUAUCGUCAACGAUUAACCCCGAGGAAACGGUAGCGUGUGGUGCUGCAAUAAAAGCGGCCAUUUUGUCCGGUGACCGGCAUGAGAAGAUCCAGGAUUUGCUGCUAGUCGACGUGGUGCCAUUGUCUUUAGGAGUGGAAACUGCGAGAGGGAUGAUGUAUAAGAUCAUUGACCGGAACACUCCUAUCCCUUGUCGAAAAACCAAAGAUUUAACUACUUUGGAAGAUUACCAAAGAAGUAUGACGAUUGAAAUCUUUGAAGGCGAAAGAUCGUUGACUAAAGACAACAAUCUGUUAGGCGUAUUUGAAUUAAACGAUAUACCACCGGCGCCAAGAGGAGUCGCUAAAGUGGAUAUCACAUUCGAUGUUGAUGCUAAUGGGAUUCUGUCGGUAUUUGCGCAAGAACGAAGCACUGGAAUCAACAAUUGUCUGGUGGUGACAAAAGACCAUCGGCUCAAGCAAAAGGAAAUCAAAAAGAUGAUAGCAGACGCUGAGACAUUCAAGGAGGAGGAUACUGAGAAUAAACGACGUUUAGAAGUCCGCAACCAGUUGGAAGGCUACGUGUACAGCGUGAAGCAGUCUGUGGCGGACAACAUCGAGAAGUUGUCGGCAAACGAAGUCUCUAAGUUUACUAAAGAAUGUGACGAAGCCAUAGAAUGGAUAGAAAAGAACCCGGAUUGCUUGAGAGAGGAAUAUGAGAAGAAGAUGUCAGAGCUACUCAUACGUUGGACUUGCAUGAUGAGUAAAUUUUGCGAUUUUCUGAGACAUAGGGCGAAAAGACAAAAAAGCGAAAGUAAAAGUGAAUUUGAAGUACAUAGUCCAACGACUAUCGAAGAAAUGGAUAACGGGGAGUGA